AUGGACGUCACCAGCGACCAAUUCCAAACCCUCUACACGGCCAUGGCCACCUUCGUAAACACCUGCAUGUCCGGCCACGACCCCUCCCACAACCCAGCGCACGUCCACCGCGUCGCCACCCUAGCAAACACCAUCCUGAACGCCGAGCAAAAAGCCCAUCCCCAAAAACCCCUCGACGCAGCCGUCGUCAAACUCGCCGCUCUCCUCCACGACAUCGGCGACAGAAAGUACCUCCCCACCCUGUCCUCGACAACCAGCGAGACCGCAGACAUCAACCCCAAAACAAUGGUCCAAAUAGCCCUACUCAACAACGGCGCCCCGCCCGACCUAGCCGUAAAAGUGCAAACCGUCGUCUCGCACGUCUCAUACACAACUGAAUGCAAAGACCCCGCCCUGAUACGGCGUCUCAUCGAGCAAGACGGGUAUCCCGAGCUGGCGAUCGUGCAAGACGCGGAUCGACUAGAUGCCAUCGGGGCGAUUGGGAUUGGGCGGACGUUUACGUUUCUAGGUGCACAGGGGAAGAAGUUUGCUGGGGAGGGUGGGUGGGAGAUGGGAAAUUCUAUUGAGCAUUUUGUGGAGAAGUUGGAGAGGCUUGAGGGGAUGAUGAAGACGGAGAGUGGGAGGGGGAUGGCGAGGGUGCGGACGGAGAGGUUGAGGGUUUUUCGGGGGUGGUGGGAGGAGGAGAUGGAGGGUGCUACUGGGGGUGUUUAG